GCCCCGGCUAACGCGCAACCCGUCCCAAAGUCUGAACGGCAAGCCGUUGGUGCCAAUGCAAGAGUGUCGAUGAAGAAUGGAUUGCCUUCUCAGCGCUCCACACCAGCGCCUGGAGCUCUAGCUCGUGGGUCUGCUAAUGCGCAGAACAGCUCGGCUGCCCUACAGUACCCUCCCCAACGCGUUCAGUCGGCCCAAGAUCACGGCCUGAAGCGUGAUCCCUACGACACUGACGCAGAAAGCCUAGACACUACAAUCGACCAUUCGGCUGUUCAGGUACAGGAUAGUCAGCAGAGGGAGUUGCAGUACCAAGAGCAUGAGCCCAUCUACGAUGUUGGCGCGGGCGGCGUUGCGGAUCAAGGCAUCUUGAGCUCUCAAGGAUCAGAGAUUCUAUAUGGUGAUGAGAAUCACAUGAUCAUGCCGGAAGACGAGCAAUUCCUUAAAGACCAAGGACUACAUGAAUACCCCUACGAACAGAAACUUGAGUUCCUCCACAAUAUGAGGCGAAAAGGCCUGCGGACGAUCGAGGGCGAUUCAUACCCGCCCACCACUGACGGCGAGCCUUCUGAAUUGGAAGGUGGGCAGGAGCCAUCUUCCGACUACCGUCAUGGCCACGUUCACAACGCUCCCUCAUCUCAGUAUCCCAACAUCAAGUACGAACGUGCAGAGCCAAACGGACCGUAUGCGACACAUCAGCAGAAGCUACAUAUGCCUGUCCCCCAGCAGAACCUGCAGAAUAGCUCACACAUCUUGGAGCAUUCCGCACGACUCCGUGAACAGCAGCGCAUGAACGCACCCAGUGUGCAACAUGUCAGACAAGACUUUCAGCAUCACAAUAUUGUUCCACAGCCCAGUCAGCCGCCUACUUACAGUCAGGCUAACGCUGGUGUUGCUGCUUUUCCUAUGCACCCAAAGCCUCCUCGAAAUACUUACAGUCAGGCCAAUCAUCAACAAUAUAGUCAGCGCCCACAGUCCGGUCCUUCCCGAGUCCAAUUCCAGUCUCAAUAUACCAAACCAGUCGAGCCACCUGCCCCGCCCGAACGUGCAUCUUCAGCAUAUGCAAAGUCGGAACAAACUGCAUACCCAAUGCCGUUUGAGCAACCUCCGCUCGACGAGCUCGAGGGAAUCCAAAUCGAAGACUAUGAACCCGAGACCCUCUUCAAGAUGAAGUACGAAACUCUCAGGAACGAAAGUUUCGACACCGAUCCGCGCGCAUUUCGCGCUGUGCUCACGGAAGAAGAUCUCCAGAAACCCCUGGUGGAGCGCCUGGUAUUGGUGCAGAAGAAUCUUGAAGCCGACCAACAAUCUGAAUUCUUCCAAUCUCUACCUACUGCUGAGUGGGAAGAUGCUGGCGACUGGUUUCUUGAUCAGUUCCAGAGCAUCAUUCAGCGUAUGAAGCAAGCAAGGCAGAAAAAGCGCAAGCUGGCGCAAGGGUUUGAGGAGGAAAUGGAGGAGCGCUACAAACAUGUGGCGAAGAAGCAGCUGCAGGUUGAGCAGGCACUGGACAAGAUGAAGGCUCAAGGCGAGAGUCUGGUACCUAGGAGCCCGAAGCCGUCGAAGAGCCCUAGAUCGAAGAGG